GCCCAGUGACUUGACAUUUUUAUCGUCAUCUUUUUCUUCUGUCAAUUGUUUUAGGUCAGAAACAUUCAGGAAAUUUUGGGAUUUUUCAAAAACAAGUGAAAAUGGCUUUAGAUGUUGUUGGUUUAUUGUAUGCUGGUGUAGUGGCUGCUGGUGGAAUAUUUGGUUAUUACAAAGCUGGUUCCAUUCCAUCUUUGGGAGCUGGUCUGUUGUUUGGUGGAGCACUAGCAUAUGGUGCAGUUGAAGUCAGUAGGGAUCCCUCCAAUUUCACCGUACAACUUAUAACAAGUUCGAUUCUUGGGGGUCUCAUGGGUUAUCGAUUUUACAAUACACAUAAAAUUAUGCCUGCGGGAGUAAUAUGUUUACUGUCUCUAGCUAUGGUUAUAAGAAUUGGUUUGAAAGCUACUAUUUUGCCUACCCCAAAGCAAAAUUAAGUUUAUGUUUUAUUCAU